AUGGCAGCGAAUUUCCAACCUCAUAUGGGGGGUCCAGGCCAGAUGAUGCCACAGCAGCGUCCACAACCCCAGCGUGGGCCUCAGAAUGGCGGGACGAACGCUUCAUCGCAGAUUCAGCAGGUCAUCUACCAGACGGUUAGCAGCCAGACAGGACUUCUCACUGGUUGGCAAUCAAAUGUGUUGAUUCAAGAGCGCAUCGGCCUAAUUUUUAGCAUAAUUGGAAACCUCCGCCUUGCGAGUCAAAACACACAGACUCCUCCGGGAUUGAAUGAAAUGAUCGAAAUUGGUAUCAAGUUUGAGAAGGAGAUCUUCCAACAAUCACCAGAUAAGGCGUCGUACAAAUCUCAGGUUGAAGCCAAAUUAAAACAGUUGCUGGAAAGGAGGCAUCAAAACCAAGCCGGUCUUCAACAGACGAUCCAACAACAGGCGCAAGCGCAGGCUCAAGCUCAGCAGCAACAGGCCCAACAACAGCAGAUGAUGAUGAACCAAAAUGGGAUGCAAGGUCAACUACCAAGGACCAUGCCUCAACAACCUGCUCAGCAAGGCUUCCAACAUCUUCAACACCAGAUGCAAGCCUCUCCUCUUCCCGGCCAGCAGCCUCAAAUGCCUAUGGGUAUGACGAAUGACUCCCUACCGCCGAACAUGACCCCGAAUCAACAACAGCAACAGUUCCAAAUGCCCAUGCAACAGUCACAACAAGGUCAACCCCAGCAAAACGCCCCGCCAAUGACGCAACAAGACAACGCAAUAUUGAUGGAGUUGGCAAACCGAUUAAUGAUUCAGGCACCCAGUGAGGAGAAGAACCAGAUUAGGGCGACUCUCACCAAGAGAAUGGACCCUCAACAACUCAAUAUGUAUGCUCAGCGAGGACAGGACCCUCUGAUUGUAUACUACCGUCAUCAAGCCUUGAAUAGGCUUCGCGCAGAGAAGACCCAGAGGAUGGCGCAAGCUCAACAUAUAGCCAUGAAUCAAUCAGGGCAGAACGCGGCUCCUCCCAUGCAGCAGCAGCGAUCUAUGAAUCCAAGUCCACUGACAGGCCAAUCACAACCUCCGACAUCAAUGGGAGGAAACCCCGACUUCGGAGGAUAUUUGGGGAAUCUGGGGAAUGCGGACAGUAUCGCAAACCAACAGGCGCAAGGAGUCAUUGCACAGGGUCAAGGCGAGGUAGUAGUCCCGGCAAAUGGCGCUCAACGAAAUUCAACUCCACAACCUGGACAACCGAUGCCGAAUCCCAAUAACAGGACAUCCCAGCAACAGCACAUGAUGAAUGUUCAUCAGAUGCAGCAGCAGCAAAGAUUGCAUGCCGUCCAACAGCAGCAGAAUCAAGCUAGGUUGAACGCCCAAUCGAAAGCGGGGCAGAUGGGUCUUCAAGGCCAACCAGGAGGGAUGGGAAAUGGUCCAAUGCCACCACAACAAAGUCCAGCUAUGCCAACCCUAAAUACACCACUGAGAACCCCUUCCCAAAUGGGUCACGCUGAACCUCCUCACCCACAGCCAAACCCACCGUUUGGUCAGCCACUAGAUCCGCGAUUUGCGAAUCAAAGGCCUGGCGGUCCUGGGAAUAUUAUGAACACUGCGGGCCUGAACCCUGCCAUGUUCGCUGGUAUGUCACAGCAACAGCAGCAGGAGAUAGUUUCGCUACCGCCUGACAAGCUGAACGACGUGAUGAACAAAUGGAAUGAGCAGAGGCAAAUCAAUGCUGCGAAUAUGCAAGCUGGACGGCCUCCUGUCCCAAUGCAGGGUAAUCAAUCCCGGCCUGGCCAACAAGUUCCUCAACAGGGCCCUUUCAAUCCUCAGAAUCCCAAUCAAUUCGCCAUGAACGGUCAGAGACCACAGGGACCUCAGAUGACUGCGGCCAUGACCCCUCAGCAACAGUUGCUUCUCCAGGCGCAAAUAGCUCGAUUGCAGCGCGAUCCAUUGCAACGUAACGGACAACAGAUGGGCUUGCCAAAUGAGCAAAGAAUGAUGGCACAAAUGGACGGUCUAGAUUUCCCCGCUACUUUGCUAAACCACAAUAGUAUGCCUCGCGGUAUCCCGCCUGAUAUCAAGAAGUGGGGUCCACUGAAGGCAUGGGCCCAGCAAAAUCCGAAUCUGGGAGCUGAGGUCUUUGAAAACCUCAAGAAUCUGCAGCGAAUGCAUUGGCAGCAGCUUAUGCGUGCAAGAGCCGCCCAUGCAGGUCAACCUGGAGCUAUGCAAACUGGGGCCCAAGGUCCACAAGGCGGAAUGCCUGCGAUUCCAGCAGGUAUGAAUGCUCCAGUAGCGCCUAUGGGGCAACCCCCCGUGCAAUUGCCAAAUGGAGUGAAUAUGCCCGGUCCGGGCCAAAUGCGUCAGCCAACCCAGCAAGAAAUCGAAAAUGUGCGCAAUCAUCCGAGUGGGAGGAUGAUGCAGGCAGAUGAUAACACAAUUCGAAUGUUCCUUAUGAGGCAGGCCGCACAACGACAACAAGCACAGCACCAGCAGAUCCAGAACCAGCAAAUGCAGAACCAGCAAAUGCAAAACCAAAUCUCCCAGAUGAAUGGACCUCGACCAGGACAGCCACAGCCAAAUCCGAACGCUAGAGGUCCAAACCAAGCCCCAUCAGCGCAAGUACCGACACCAAAGCAAACAGCAGCCGCCCAACCAGCUGCUCCAACAGCUGGUGCCCCUGCCAACCGUGCUGCUCGACCCAAUGCUCGCAAUUCCGCUCAGAAUUCUUCGCCUGCUCAGCCUGCCAAGAAUCUAAAACGUGCUAGCAGUGAUGAUGUAGUUGAGGUCCCUAACCCUAACGCGGCCCAGAACGUACGUUCUACACAACAGGCCCAAAAUCAACCGACUCAAGGGCAAAAACAGCCUCAGCAACAAGUCCCCCAACCACUAAAUGCAGCACAGUUAGCGGCACUCGACCCAGAAACGCGAAAGAAAUACGAGCAAACUCUUAAGAGUGUUCGAGAUAAGGCUGACAUGGAUAAAUUGACGUCGAUACGCAAUGAAGAGCAGCAGAAUAAUCAACCUGCUCCUGAAAUACCCAUGGAUCCAACGAUAAAGGCCAACACAGCGAAGAGGCUGAAAGAGAUCCUCGGCCCGCUGAACAAUAUGAACAGGGCGGUUGUUAGAUGGUACCAAAUCACUAGAGACGAGCCUCGCACGAGAGCUUUCUUCCGUCUUAAAAAUCGAGUAGCACAACAGUUUAAAGAUCCCGGCAUGACACAGCCCAAGGACAGAUUUUCCAUGAUGCCCAGAGACAUAGAACAGGGUCGUGGAAUGUUGCAAGGCAUGGUCAAGGACUUGAGUGACAGGUUCCCAGCGAUGAAGAAAUCAGACUCAGCCCAGGCCCACCCACCUGCUGUAUCACAACCACCGGCUCAAACUUCUCAGCCUGUACCGACAGCACCAACUGUUCAACUGAGUCAUGCCAACUUGCAGCAGCAGCAAAAUCAGUUAAAUAAGAUGCAUCAAAGAUCGGGCAGUCGAGGCUCUCAUGCGCCAGCAGCUCCAACAUCUUCACAGCCACCAUUUCAAUUCGGUGCUGGGUCGCCACCGCCUGAUGGGGUUCCUGCUUACCUUACCAAGGCCCCACUCACGAGGGAUGAACUAAAGCUUCCAGCCAAGAAGAAGCAGAAGCAGGACAACAAGGCCGCCAUGGGUCAGACUCCGAACUCGAACGCUUCGCCUCUUCUAACGAAACCGAUAUCACCAGAAGUGAAGAGACAACCUGCCGAAACUAAGCAGCAGCCAAGAUCUUUGUUCACUUGCUCAGAUCCAGACUGUGAUCGACACAAUGUUGGAUUUGAGAGUGAAGAGGCUUUGCGAAUCCACACCCAAGAGCAUACCAUUGAGAAUCCAAUGCUAUAUGCGCAACAGAAUUUAGCUUCCAUGCUGGGUCUGGAUCCUUCGGGGCAUGCGAAGAAGCCAGUCGUUUCUCAAGAAGCACUGAAGAUGUCUAUGAGUGGGUCCAAACAAGGACAGACUCCUAACGUAAAGGGCGAAAAUACACCUACAGCAACGCCAAUGAACCGCCAAGUAUCUAUGAACCGUCAAGGUAGCGCAACUGGAGCCAGACCAGGCGCUGCAUCAAAAGGUACACCAAAGGAUAUAGCCAAAACCCCAGCAAGUCAAAGGGAUGCCAGCAAGCAACAGCCAAGCCAGCCUCCAAAGGAAGUCGUAGUCGAGGAUCCAUGGGUCAACGCUACUAUUGAUCCUCAUGACCUAUAUCAAGCCUUCCAGCCCUUUGAAAGCGGCGCUGGAGGCGCAAUAUCUGACAUGAAUGUCUACCGUUCCAUAACGCCCAACGACACUCCCGAAUCAAGUAAAGACGGUUUAUCGGAGCCCAACAGCGACAUCUCGGAUGGCGUGGCCCUAGAUAUCAGUCUCGAUAUGUUCGAUGACAGCUGGCAGCCUUUCGGACCGAGUGAAAUUGAUGGCUUGUUUGACAUGAAUAUGAACAAUUUUAAUGUCAACGCAGACGAUAUGAAGAUGUUUGAUACGGAAUUGAGUGCCGAUGUAGAGCAGCAACAACCAGCGAUGGGGUUUGGGAGUUGGGAGGAUAUGGUUGACACGGCGGCGUUUGAUAGGCCGUUUGUUUUUGAUGCGAGUCUUUAUUCUAUGAACGCGGAUUGA